UGCGCGAGACCAAUAUUCGAUAGUAAGUAAAAAAAAAUUAUUUUUCGUUAAAAAUGUGUCAGUAUUGAAUAUUAAUAUUAUUAAAUAAAAUUUAGUGCAACUAGAAAACAAAGUCGUGACGAGUGGACCUUCACCACAAGAAUUUACGAUAAAAAUAAAGAGUUGGGCACAUAGUGAUGCAGAACUAAAUCAAUUUUUUAUAAGCAAGAAGCAGCAUGACCAACAAUUGCCGAACGGUAAUAAUGGCGCUGGACGUAAUAAUCGGUCACAAGGUUUCUACCGCACAUGUUACUGUAGGUAGAUCAUUCUUUACCCAGAAGGAAGCAAGUCCUAUUACUGGAAGAGCUGAGGAUAUUAUCAAUCCGCCCGUCCCAAACAUUGACUUAAGUGCAAUCGCUUUCUAUCAAGGUGGUCCACAUAUACAAAUUGUAACAAAAUAUUGGGACUCGGAUCUCCUGACGAACUACGUAGGGGCCUUUCUGAAAGGGACCAUCAAAUGGUUGAGAAAACAAUCAAAAACUUCAAAAUAAAAG